AUGGAUUUCCUGAAAUCAGCCAUCGGAUCCGCCAUCGCAAAGGGUGGAGGACUUCCGUUCUCUCUCGGCGACAGAGUCGACAUCGGGGACUCGGUUUGGGCGCUGCACAACGGUACGAAACGGGAUGAUGGCUCCGAUUGCAGUGUUUUUGCAUUUGACGUCAAUGCGAACAAGUCGCGCCUCCCUCUUGCGAAAAAUGCGGUGCGCAAGUUUAGAACGUUGCGGCAUCCGGGUGUUAUCAAGGUUUUGGAUACGAUUGAGACGGAGCACAAUCUCUAUAUUGUCACGGAACGAGUCGUGCCACUUAGCUGGCCGGUGAAGCGGAAGAGCCUGAGCGAGGAAACGACCAAGUGGGGAUUGUAUACUGUGGCGUCUACUCUCAAAUUCAUCAACGACGAUGCUUCCUCGGUUCACGGCGCUGUGCGCGCAUCCUCAGUGUUCAUAAGUGAAAGCGGCGAAUGGAAGCUUGGAGGAUUCGACAUUUUGAGCUCUAUGAAGGAAGAUGAUGCGAUUAUAUAUACGUACGGAAGUAGCGUGCCCGACGCCGGUCGAUACACGCCCCCGGAGGUUGUGAAAGGAGGCUGGGAUACCAUCAAGCGCAAUCCUCUGGCAGCUGUUGAUGCUUACGGACUUGGUAUCUUGAUCUUCGAGGUAUUCAAUGGUGGUUUCUCAGGCGGCGAUCAAGCUGGAAAGACGACGAACAUUCCUCCCAGCAUGCAGCAAAGCUAUAAACGUCUUUGCGCUGCUAACCCGAAGCUACGGCUGAGCCCGGGGCAUUUUGUGGAGCAAGGGAAGAAACAAGGUGGAUUCUUCCAGACACCACUCAUUCGAAUGACUGAAGACAUCGACAGCUUGGGCCUGAAGAGUGAUGACGAACGUGAAGAAUUUCUCAAUGAGCUUGAUAAUCUUUCAGAUGAUUUCCCAGAGGAAUUCUUCAAGAUGAAGGUGCUCCCUGAGCUACUGAAGUCCGUCGAGUUUGGUGGUGGUGGGCCAAAAGUUCUUGGAGCUACCAUGAAGAUUGGAGCAAAGCUUUCGCCAGACGAAUUUAAUGCUAAGCUGACUCCUGUCAUUAUCCGCUUAUUUGGCAACCCUGAUCGAGCAUUGCGGGUCUGCCUCUUGGAUAACCUUCCGUUAAUGAUCGAUAACCUUCCGCAGAGGGUUGUCAACGACAAAAUCUUCCCACAAAUGACUUCUGGUUUCACUGAUGUUGCUCCGGUUGUUCGAGAACAGACAGUGAAGUCUGUUCUGACUAUCAUCAACAAACUUAAUGAUAGGGUUGUCAAUGGAGAACUCCUGAAGUUCCUUGCUCGUACUGCUAACGACGAGCAACCUGGAAUCCGGACAAAUACCACAAUUUGUCUUGGCCGGAUUGCUAAAAACUUAAGUCAAAGUACUCGCUCCAAGGUGCUUAUUGCAGCAUUCACGAGAGCUCUUAGAGACCCCUUUGUCCACGCUCGGAAUGCAGGACUUUUGGCCCUGGCCGCGACUAUCGAUGUAUUUACCGAGGAAGAUUGUGCUGUUAGGAUUCUACCCGCGAUUUGCCCUGGACUUGUGGACAAGGAAAAAUUGAUUCGCGACCAAACAAACAAGACAUUUGAUGUCUAUGUCAAUCGGAUACGGAAACAUGCCAGCACAAUGCCAGAAACCGUCAUACCCGUCGUUGCACCCGCAGAAGCCAACAAACCCGAUGCUCGUGUUGGAACCCCUAAUGACAACUCCUGGGCCGGAUGGGCCAUCUCAUCAUUCACAAACAAAAUCGCAACUGCCAACGGCGAAAUUGAACCCACCGCCAACGCUAUCAAGACUGUUGAUCCCGAUACUGCCCGCUCAGCAUCGGCAGAGCCUCCGUCCCACACCCCAGCCCCCUUGAACCGGUCAAUGUCAGAUCGCCCAGCCCCAGUGAUCCACGAUGAGCCUGAAGAAGAAGGUGAUGAUGUCUUCGAUGCUUGGGGUGCAAUGGACGAUGAAGAAAAAGACGAAGAUCCAUUCACUGCUGCAGUAACCUCUCCAAAACCCACAUCUCCUGCUCCCACAUCCACCAAAGCCCCAGCAGUGCCCUACGAUGAUGGCGGCGAACCCGACUUUGCCGGCUGGCUGGCCGCAAAGUCUCAGACCAAGGCCAAAAAUCCCCUUCCAAAGGGUCUGACCAAGGCGUCUUCUACCAACACUGUUACUACACGGUCAACGCCAAGCACCGCUAAGCCUCGGACUGUGGUUGCAGCUAAGAAGAUUGAUACUAAACCCAAAGACGAAGAGACCGAUGAUUGGGGAGAUGCAUGGGAUUAA